GUCCUGUUUUCCAGCCCUCUUUGCCAAUCCCUGCCCCAUUAUCCUUACUGUGAGGAUAUAUAAAGCCAGCACAAUGCUUGGUGCAGCCACGGCGAGAAACGAACGGAGCUGGAAGAAUGGGAAGCCUGGCGAUGAAAGGCACCGGCAUGGAGAAGUUCUGUGUCCUGAGCAUCCUCCUCAGCCUCCUGGUCCCUGCACAUGCCACCAGGUCCCCUGACUGCGGGGGCAUCCUCACGCCAUCAGGAUUGAGCUACUUUGCUGAAGUUUCAAAGUCGUAUGCGGAAGCAAUCCUCAGGCAGGACCUAAAGGACCUGAUAGGUCCAGAAGUGUUUCCCAGCAUCCCAGAGUCCAGCAGUGUCCAAAUUGACUCCAUCAAAGUUGCCAAGCUGACAUUGUCACUUAUCCCCGACACUGGUCUGCGGCUGAGCAUUGAUGCGGACUUCGGCAUCACACCUGCCCCUUCCAUCACCAAGCAGAUGAGACUGUCCAUCCUGGCGAACCUCCAAGUGGAAAUGAACGCUGAAGAGAAUCUGGAGCUGGUGACCUCCGCCUGCAAAUCCACCGUGGAGGAGACACAGAGCACCGGGGAGACACAAAGCAAGUCCUCUAGUUCGGAAGAGGACAAGAAGAUUACUGUCGAGAAGGUUUGCUCAGAAGUCUCCAAACUGCUGCUUUCCCCCAAUGAGCUGCUGAUCUCUCUGACAGCUCAGUUCCCAGUCACGCCAAGCUGCCAGGUCCAGUACCAGCCCCUCGCUGCACCCAUGUUCUCCGAGCAGGGAAUCACCAUAUCCUUGCAAACGACUUUCCAGGUGGCAGGCGUGGCAAUCCCCCUUCCAGUCAGCCCCGUGCCAUUCAGCAUGCCCGAGCCAGCGAGCCUCAGCCCUUCCCACCUCACCUUGGCUUUCUCUAAGCACUUCUACACCAGCCUCUUCUCCGCCCUGGAAAUAUCUGGAGCCUUCAACAUGACCUUCUCGAGCCCGCUGACCACUGCCACCCUGGCACAGAAGAUCCCUCAGAUGGGCUCCCUCUUCCAAGAGGACCUACCAGUGGUGCUGCAAGCUGUGUUCAGGAGCUCGCCUCGGGUGGUGCUGGAAGAAGACAAAGCAGCCCUGAAGCUCUUCCUCACCGUCCACGUCGGGGAAGGAUUGACAUCUUUCCAGAGCUUCCUGAGUAUGAAUGUGGAUAUCUCUGCGGGACUCCUCCUUAGCGUCGCCGACACGAGGAUGCUGAUCUCUGCAGCAGCGAUAGAGGAUGUUCAGCUCAGCCUGGCUGCCUCCAACGUGGGUCCUGUGCUGGACACCUUGCUGGAGGAGCUGUUUUUGCCCACAAUCCGUAAGGAGGUACCAGCUCAGAUGAACGUGGUCCUCAAUGAAGGAAUCUUCCUGCCCCACAUCUCCAGCUUUACCUACACCGACGUCAACAUCAUGAUUCACAAGGACUACGUCUUGGUCAACUGCAACCUCGAGCUACAGGCAAAGAGCGCAGAGCAGACCUUGGGUUGA